UGUGUACCACUCUCAUUGUGUCUGUGUACCUAGCUGUAUGUCUGUGUACCACUCUCAUUGUGUCUGUGUACCUAGCUGUGUGUCUGUGUACCACUCUCAUUGUGUCUGUGUACCACUCUCAUUGUGUCUGUGUACUUAGCUGUAUGUCUGUGUACCACUCUCAUUGUGUCUGUCCCUUGCAGCAGAACCAUGGUGUCUGGUGCUAUAGCGUUGGCCUUCCUCCCCCUGGUGUUGACUUUCAUUAUUCGUUACCGCUACUACUUUGUGCUGUUCUACCGGGCGGUGCUGGUCAGGAUGUGGUAUGACUGUACGACGGGGCUGAGCAGGGAGGAGAGGGCGUUCCAGUACGUUCUGACCCACGCCAUCCCCGGCGACCCAGAAAGUAUCCUGGAAACCUUUGACCUCUGGUGCAGCAAGGUGGAGUUCAUCAGCAACAUCGGCCCCAAAAAAGGUAAGAUAAUGGACCGGAUGCUUUCCGAGCACUGCCCUCUGACCGUGCUGGAGCUAGGGUCCCACUGUGGGUACAGCACAGUGCGUAUCGCCCGGGCACUGCCCCUGGGUGCCAGGCUCUACAGUGUGGAAAUGGAUGCGAUCAACGCUGCCAUAGCAGAGAAGAUCAUACGACUGGCGGGCUUCGACGAUGACACGGUGGAGCUGAUAGUGAGUCCGUCAGAUGAGGUAAUCCCAAGGUUGCGGGCAGACUACGGUCUGGAGCGGUUGGACUUUGUGUUCAUGGACCACUGGAAAAAAUGCUACCGUCCUGACUUGCAGGCUCUGGAGGGCUCUGGUCUGCUGGGAAAAGGCUCUGUAGUGCUGGCUGACAACGUCCUGUUUCCGGGUGCUCCUAACUUCCUCCGACACGUCCGCAAGAGUGGCCUCUACGAGUGGAAGAUCCACAGGGCCACUCUAGAGUACAGCAAGGGCAUCAGGGAUGGGAUGGCUGAACUGGUUUACCAGGGGAUCAAGUAGGGUGGGGGCAUAGUGACGGACACACUCAUCUGUUACCUAGACAUACAAGGCUGAGGUUGGGGGCAACUUACUUUUGUUAUCGGAGCCUACAAGUCUUCUGCUAUUUUCCGCUUAUUCAACCAGCAGGGGGCACUAUCAUUCUGACAGUCUGUCACGUGUUU